AUGGUUGGCCGUCCUAUUGUCAUUUCCGGUCCUUCGGGAACCGGUAAGUCCACUCUUUUGAAAAAACUGUUCGCUGAGUACCCAGACCGUUUCGGAUUCUCUGUGUCCAACACAACAAGAAGCCCUAGACCGGGUGAAGUUGAUGGUAAGGACUACAACUUCUCCACUGUUGAGGAAUUCAAGAAGCUCAUCGAUGACAACAAAUUCAUCGAAUGGGCUCAGUUCUCCGGCAAUUACUACGGAACUACCAUCAAGGCUGUCCAGGCGGUUGCUGAGGUUUUGAAGAGAACGUGCAUUUUGGACAUUGAUAUGCAGGGAGUUAAGUCGGUCAAGAAGACUGACUUGAACGCGAGAUACUUGUUCCUCGCACCACCUUCGAUUGACGAGCUCAAGAAGAGACUCGAGGGAAGAGGCACCGAGACCCAGGAGUCUAUCGACAAGAGGAUCGCCGCUGCCAGUGCUGAAAUGGCUUAUGCUGAGACCGGAGCUCACGAUCUGAUUAUAGUUAACGAUGAUCUGGACAAGGCCUACAAGCAGCUCAAAGAUUUUGUUCUUGCUGAGGACUAA